AUGGACAUGGUGACAGAAGAGAGUUAUCAAAAUGCCCCCCCAGAGAGUAACCUCAGCAGCAGCGUGGAGGAUGAGAUGGAAGACCUGAUUUAUUACGUAAGGACAAACGAAAUUGAGGAAGUUAAAAAGAUCCUUCAACAGGGAAACAUAAACUCUAUUAACGAUGUGAAGGACGAAAAUAAAAAUACACUCCUACAUUUUGCAUGCGCAAAUAAUAAUGUGGAGAUGAUUCGCUUUCUUCUGUACGAAUGUGCAAUUGGGCAUAACCAACUGAAUGCUAGUGGAAAUAGCCCCCUCAUGUGGGCCAUCCAGAAUAAGCACUCCGAAGCUGUAAAGGAAGUGCUGCUCUUCGACUACCUCUUAUGUAGCAAAGAGUACAACACAGUGGAAAGAAAAAAAAACGAGCUGUACGAACAUAUGAGGAAAGACUUUUUGCAAACCUCCCUGGUGAAGGACGAAUACCAGCUAAGUGCCCAUGUCAAAAAUAAAAUCAACUCGAUGAAUUUUUUCGGGAGCAUUUUCUCUGACGAUGGUGAUGGAAGCUUGGCCAAUGGAGACAGUAGGCAGGGAGCCGGUGUUGCCGCUUUAAACGGACAGGGAGAAACGUGGGGGAAGCAAAUUCGCCUGUACAAGGAGGCCAACAAAAUUGAUCUGCUGAGGAAAAACGAAUUCGACAAGAGCAUUCUGUCGGAGGCCUUCAACGCGCAGGACGAGAAUAUUUUGCACCUCGUUCUGAGCCACCCCAUAUCGAGUGUGCUGGACGAGCAGGACGGUCGCGCGGUGAGCGGUGUAAGCGGUAUUAGCGGCAUGAGCAGCGUGCGCGGCGUGGGCAGCUUUGUGGAGGACCGCGGGGAGGGCGCACCCAGUGGCCACAACGACACAGCGUUCACGACCAACCUGGAGGAAGCAAAAAUAAUUCAGGAGAGCACCCACCAGCUGCUCAUCAACGAAAAGGCAAAAGUAAAAAAAGCGGAAGGCGAAGAAGAGGUCAUCAUACGGAUAAGAGAAAUUGGGCUAAACUAUUUUGGCAACUCAUUUGAGGAUGGCAAAACAUCAGGAGAGGAAAUCCAUUCGCAUAAUGACAUCACCGGGAUUAACAUUUGGGAGUGUUGCCUCGUGAUAAGCAAAUGGAUCUCCGACAUGUGCCUCCAGAAUAGCACCCUCUUUAGCAACAAAGAGGUGUUAGAACUCGGCGCAGGGAGUGCACUAGCCAGCAUUUCGCUCUUCACCUAUGCGAAUAUUUUUCUCAACGGAGCUAAUCAAGGCCCAAACCAAGUAGUCAUCACCGAUGUUAACCCAUUCACGCUAAGCAACAUUUCGCAUAAUGUCCAAUUGAACGAAGAACUGUUUGGCCACCUAGAUUCAGAUUGGAGGAGUAAAAUAAAAAUAUGCAAUAUCGAUUGGACCAAUGAAAAUACCUACCCACGUGAAAAUGAGCAAGUUGCCACAUAUGAUUACAUCAUUGGGAGUGAUUUAAUAUACGACAAGAAAAUCGUGCCAUCACUUAUCCAUUUGAUUAACUUAACUUUAAAAACGAAUGGCAUUUUUCUUUAUGUGUGUAGAAAGAACAGGGAUGGAUCACAAGAAUUUUUCGAUCAAUUAAAAAAUGGAAAUUACCACAUAGAGUUGUUCACCCCCCCGAGUGACUACUUUACCAGCCCCUUCCUCAACUUAAGUCAGGACCUCUAUGAGGCAAAGUUCUCCGAGUUUUCCGACGCUUCCAACUUUGUUAUGAUGCGCUGCCAAAAGUACUAAGGGGGGGGGAGGGAGGCACCCCCAAACCUUCGGCAGGGAAUUAUCAAAUGGGUCACUACCAAUUUGGCGGUAU